AUGCGAAGAAGAUCAGGUAGGAGUUUCCGCAAGAAACGCAAGGUGUCUCACCCAGGUAAAGCCUAUGGUAGAAGAGCCAAGCUCCACUCGAAAAUAAUCAAAGGCGACCUGAGUUUUUAUAAAGUCAAAAAUAAGAAUGAGUUCGAGAUCUCUCAGAUUGACGACCUCAUCCGGACCAUUGAUUGUUCAAACGAUAAAGGUCGCAUCAGCAGAGUCGAUCUCAACGCUGGGCCUGAGUUCAUGGGGAAGAGUCCAACAAAGGAGCGCAAGCCCAAACGGCCAAAGACUGCUGUACACAGACACAGAAAAAACAAAACAAUUUUGACCAAGAAAUCUCCAAACAAAUAGUCUAGGUAAAAAGAUCAAAAUUCGGGGUCACCAGCUUUACGCCAAAGAGAUCUUGCCACUGUUGAGGCCUCGAGUCGGAGUGUUCCGAAACAAGAAGAUCAGUGAGCUGCACAUCGGAGAGCUACAACCCUCGAUUCCAAUAUACAUGGACAUCAACCCGUCGAACCUAAAGCUGGAGCUUGUAGGAACUAGUGGACAACUCAAAGACCAUAAACGAGAAGGUCCAAAUAGACACAACCAAAAGUCCUCCCAAGCCGAAGAAGAAAGAGCGGAAGGCCAUGAAGCCAGUGCGCAUCAAGAGAGAGUCUAA